AUGGAGAACCAAGAUGCUCAAGAGGCGAUCAAGAGCAUUUUGGCUGAGUUCAAAGAUGUGAUGCCACCCGAAUUGCCGAAAAAGCUACCACCGAGGAGGGAGAUCGAUCAUGAAUCAAGUUGGAGAAAUGGCGAGUCAUUGAACGAGUAUACUGAACGCUUGCGAUUAGUGUUUCAAGCCUUAAGGGAGAACGAACUAUACGUGAAAUUGGAGAAGUGUUCGGUUGUUCAUACGAAGGUAAUAUUUCUUGGGCACAAGGUGAAGCAUGGAAAAAUCUUAAUGGAUGCCAAGAAGGUGCGGUUUAAUGUCGAAUGGGAGCCCCUAAAGAAUGUCUCAGAGCUUCGGUCAUUCCUUGGAUUGGUGAACUACUACCAACGGUUCAUUGUGGGGUACUCGGCGAGGGCAACACUGUUAACCAAUUUUCUGAAGAAGAAUGCGGCGGUGGUUGUGGAAGACCCGGUGCUUAGCCUUCCGAACUACUCGAAGCCAUUCGAGCUCCACACGGAUGCUUUGGACUAUGCCAUUGGAGGAGUAUUGAUGCAUGAUGGGCAUUUCGUGGUUCUACUUGCUCGAGACUCACUUCGUGAUCAAGAUGGACAAUAUGACUAA